AUGGAGGCCUCAGGCGCGCAGCUCCUAAGCUUGGAGGCGCCGAGCCCCGCGCCCUUCGGACAGCCCCCGCCCGCGGAGGAGCUGCUCGCCCCGGAAGGCCUCCUCCUGGAGAGUGGCGAGGACAGCAACGGCCUCUCUGAAGCCCCAGGCCCCGACGCUCAGCCUGGGGCCAGCACCCUGUCCCCGGAGGAGGAAGUCGCCCUCCGGGAGCAGGAGGAGCUGCUGGAAUGCCGCCGCCGCAGCCGCGCGCGCUCCUUCUCGCUGCCCACCGACCCCAUCUUGCAGGCGGCCAAGUUAUUGCAGCCGCCGCCUCAGGCCGAGGGGUUGGGCACGGAGGGUGGGGAGCGGGCCGAAGCCGCACCGCCCAGCUCCGGUGGCUGCUGCACCAAGUGCAAGAAGCGGGUGCAGUUUGCCGACGCGCUGGGGCUGAGCCUGGCCAGCGUGAAGCACUUCAGCGAGGCUGAGGAGCCCCAAGUGCCGCCCGCCGCGCUCGCCCGCCUCCGGAGCUUCCCCAUGUGCCCCAAGGACCUGCAGCAGCUGGAGAGCCUGCUGGCCGCGGCGGCAGCGGCGGCGAUAAAGACGGCCUCGCCUCCCUCGGCGCCCGCCCCGCCCCGGCUCCGGCCGCUCUUCCAGCUCCCGGAUCCCCAAGCGGUAGUCGAGCGCCUUUGGCGGCAGCGCGUGUGCCUGGAGCGCGUGGACUGUUCGGCGCCCGGGGGUGCGGAGGUGAGGGGCUCGGGCCGGGUGCUCUGCGGUCCCGGGCCGAGAGCUGUGACUGUUCGCUACACCUUCACCGAAUGGCGCUCCUUCCUGGACGUGCCGGCCGAGCUGCAGCCCGAGCCAGAGGAGCCACAGCCGCCAGAGGCCUCGUCGAGGGUCUCCAGGCCGGAACCCGGGCCCGGGGAUGGCGAGGAAGAGCCGGGCACCCAGCGCUUCCACUUCUCUCUGUGCCUGCCUCCGGGCCUGACGCCCGAGGACGCGGAGGACGCGGACGCGUUGGGUUCCGCUGUCCACUUCGCUGUCCGCUACUGCUGCGCGCAGGGCGAGUACUGGGACAACAACUCCGGCGUCAACUACACACUGCGCCUUGCGCGCCCAGCGGACGCGCUCUGA